GGCGGGGGGCUCGGAGAGCGACCGCGGCCGCUUGGAUGUGGGGCGCCCCUUUCCCCUCCGUAGAACCUCGAUGCGCCUCAGACGCGACCGUGGCUUUGGAGGCGCCGAAGCGAAGGUGCCCCUUUGAGAAGGCGGGGAAGAGAAUGGAAGCAAAUUGCUUAACACUGAAAGACUUGAUUAGUCCAAGACACACAAAGAUGAAUUUUACAGAUGAAGAUGGGGAAAAUGCACAAAAGGAAAACAUAUUUGAUCGACCUAGAAUGACUCCAAAGACACCAAUGAAAAAUGAACCCAUUGAUUUAUCAAAGCAAAAAAGCUGUACCCCAGAGAGAAAUCCAAUUACACCUGUUAAGCUGAGUGAUAGGCCCCUGACAGACCCGUGGACGCCCACAGCUAACCUAAAGAUGCUUAUUAGUGCUGCUAGCCCUGACAUGCGGGAUAGGGAAAAGAAGAAAGAGCUUUUCAGACCUAUUGAGAACAGUGACAUUUGUGAUGCCUUUCCUGAUUCCUUGCAGUGUGAUAAUGUAGAUGAUGGAACGUCAGAUGACUAUGAAAAGCAGAGACCCAGCAGAAAGCAGAAAAGCUUAGGGCUGUUGUGCCAAAAAUUUUUAGCUCGUUACCCUCUGUCAGCAGAAAAAACAACGAUUUCUUUGGAUGAAGUGGCUUCCAGUCUUGGAGUUGAACGCAGGCGAAUUUAUGACAUAGUGAAUGUCCUGGAGUCCCUUCAUCUUGUUAGCCGAGUGGCUAAGAAUCAGUACUGUUGGCACGGUCGGCACAGCCUGAGUCAGACUCUGAAAAACCUCCAAGAAAUAGGAGAGCUGCAAAAAUAUGAAGAGCUGAUGGCUUAUUUCCAGCAUAAAGAAAUAGACCUUGAGUGUAGAUUUGGAGAACACAAAAGAGAGACCUUUAUAGAUUUCCAAGACAGACAGUUGCUUGACUUCUCAGAGACAGACUGUCCAUCUGCAUCUGCAAACAGCAGAAAGGACAAGUCGUUGAGGAUUAUGAGCCAAAAAUUUGUCAUGCUGUUCCUUGUCUCCAAGACCAAGAUAGUCACUCUCGACAUAGCAGCAAAAAUAUUGAUAGAAGAAAGCCAGGAUACUGCAGAUCACAGCAAAUUUAAAACAAAGGUACGAAGACUGUAUGAUAUUGCCAAUGUCUUGACAAGCCUGGGGCUCAUAAAGAAAGUUCAUGUAACAGAAGAGAGAGGUCGCAAGCCAGCUUUCAAGUGGAUUGGGCCUGUGGAAUUCGGUGGUGAUUGUGGUGAUAUAAAGGUGGAUAAUUCAACCUGUGCUGCUUUAAAAGACGUGAAAGGGGGGAUCCGUGUUCCACACCAAGCUUGUAUUAAUGGGAAAGAGCGUUUCUCACGGCAUGCUUCUUUUAACACCACUCAGCCUUCCAAAGUGGUCAAGAGGAAGGUCAGCUCUGAACCCAGCAGUCCACACAGGGGAAGGCAAGAAGACUGCUGCUCCAAAAUGAUAAAUCUGGCAUCAGUUUGCUGCCAGAAGAUGGAAGAUGAUAAAAGUAAAACUUUUGUCACUGAAAGAACAAAAAACCUCAGCAUAAUUUCUCCCGUCCCUGUUCUUGCGCUUCCUGGAGACUCAGACUACUGUCUCAAAGCCUUCCCUCAGUUAUCGACGACUGCCUGCUCAGACAUGCUACAUAUCUCUCUACCAAAUGGAAUGAACAAUCAACUCCCACCAUUGUCUGGUCCAUCCGCUUCCAAAACUGAGACGGGGAAAUCCACUGUACUCUCUAGUCAAUCUCUUGUUUAUUUGCAGUCUCCCUCUAUAUAUAUGCUGUGUGGGAAUCUUCAGGAAAGUCUUCUAACUAUGGAGGAUAAGGGUAUUAUAGGCUUCCAAGGCCAGACUUCACCCCACCUACCAGAAACUGCUGAAUAUCCCCUUGACUGUCGUAAGCGGAAUUCUCAGAGUUGUGCUUCCCCCACUGCACCGCCUACUGCUAAAAGACAAAACACGGAGCAGAAUGACGGUCCCAUUUCAUUGGUGCUGUCUAAGCCUUCUAAGCCAGUGGACCCAGAAGCUUCUGCAGAUCAUAACUGCAAUUCCACUGAUGAAUUAAAACCUUUCCAGAUUGAAUUGGGGACUCCUAUUGUGAAAACUUCCAUAAACGAGGCAACGAAACCCCUAGAAACUCAAGAGCAAGAAAAGCUAUAUAGGAGUAAAGUUCUCAAAGAAAACAUGAAUGAAAAUGAACAGGCCUCUCAAGAAGAUGGCAAGCACUCCUUCUUACCACAGUAUCUUUAUGUACAGCCUACAACAGGAUUAAACAGUUUUAAUUUCCUGUUUCCUGCCAACCAAUCUCCUGAUCCAGUCAACCUCCCUUCAAGUCAUUUGCCUUCACUUAGCGUUCCCUGUGUGGUGGUCCCAUCUCCUGCGCUGGCAUCUUUCCCUCUUAUCUGUUCUCCAGCCGUCACAAGUCAGCUUUCUUCUACUCCCUCUGGCUCUUUCCCAAAUGUCACAUGUAUGAAUUUCAGCAUGCCUGGCCUGACCUCUACAGCACCUGUGUUCAUUGGGGCUCCAGCCGUUAUUACUCCAAACUCAUCACAGCUAUCAUCACUGGACUCACACCAGCAGAUACAUUCAGCCGUGCAUCUGAGCCCUGUGCUAGGUUCUGCCUGUGGCUCUGUUAAAGCAGACUCCUCAGCUUGUAUGGGCCACCCGCUCACCCUUCUCAAAUUGCAGCAGCCUUCUUCAGCCCCCCUGACUCCUAAGAACAUUCGUCCCAUACACCAAGAAACAUUUUUCAAGACACCUGGCAGCCUUGAAGAUCCUUUUGCAUGGCGAAAAAAUGAAGGCAACCAGAGCAGAACCGCCAGUUCUGUACAAAGAAGAUUAGAAAUCUCCAGCAGCAGCUCUGACUAAUCCAGCUCAUUGCAAGAGGUGUAGGCAGCUUAGGAUAUAGCCUCGAAUGUUACAGAAACAAUCCGUUAUUACAUUGAAAAGGGGAGGAAUGGCAUACAUUCAGCUGUCAAGCAUUCACACCCUGUUUUGUUAACUUAAGAAUUACUCCAGCUAGAUUGAAGUUUUAGGUGGAUGGCUAUGUUGGUCUGUAGUAGAACAGCAAGAUUCAA